GACUGGUUGAUGCCCAUUCUGGGUCAGAUGGUGCUGGAGCAGAACACAGAGGGUGUGAAGUGGACACCUUCCAAGAUGAUCGCCCAGCUGGGCAAGGAGAUCAACAACCCAGAAUCCGUGUAUUACUGGGCCCAGAAGAACCACAUCCCCGUGUUGAGCCCAGCGCUUACAGAUGGCUCUCUGGGCGACAUGAUCUACUUCCAUUCCUACAAGAAUCCAGGUCUGGUCCUGGACAUCGUUGAGGACCUGAGGCUCAUCAACACACAGGCCAUCUUUGCCAAGCGCACCAUCAUGAUCAUCCUGGGUGUGAGUGUGGUCAAGCACCACAUCACCAACGCCAACCUCAUGUGGAAUGCCAACUAUGAUGUCUACAUUAACUCGGCCCAGGAAUUUGAUGGCUCCGAUUCUGGUGCCAGGCCAGACGAAGCGGUUUCCUGGGGCAAGAUCUGGGUGGACACACAGCCUGUCAAAGUCUAUGCCCAUGACUCCCUGGUCUUCCCCCUGCUUGUGGCUGAAACCUUCGCCCAGAAGACAGAUGCUUUCACACCUGAGAAGAAUGAGGACUGA